GUGCUACAUAAGGCGAAGAGGUUGACUUUUCUCAUUUCUUCUCAUUCCUUCAUCGUCACUCGUCUUACAGGAUGACUCCCCACCGACCUUACAUGGUGGUGUUUCUCCGACUGGCUGUCUUCAUCAACCAGUACGACUUCGGUUGCUGGGCGCAGUCUUCUAUCGGCUUGAACGUACCAGACUACGUGGAAGCUAUCAUAGGGAGUUCCGCCAUCUUGGAAGCUGACUACGCCACCACGAAACGUAUUGCCUCUAUUGAAUGGAGCAAAGUGGACUCCGUGGAGAAGAUUAAGAGAACCUCCGUCUUUACCUACUGGCCUCCUUUCGACUCGUCCACGGCCCACGGGGAAUAUAACGGACGCGCAAGGCUUGACGGGAAAGCGUCUCUGAUGAUUGAUGACGUCACGGAGAAUGACGAAGGGACGUACAUCAUCACAGUAUCCGCGGAGGGACUUCCGAGUGAAGAGGCGUUUGUUGAUCUCAGGGUAUUGGUACCCCCGUCAGUGGUUGUGGGGCCGUCUGAUCCUUACGUCACUUCCUGGGGCAGAGCAGUCUCCCUGACAUGCGCAGUGAGAAAUGCGAAGCCCAACGUCACAAACAUCUACUGGCAGAGAAAUGGCGCCGUGAUUGACAGCAGACAGUUCGACACCAAGUAUUCUGGCGGGAAUCUGCAACAGCCUGACUUGGUCAUACGUCACGUGACUAGAGGCGACAAAGGCGUGUACAAAUGUGUCGCUGAUCACGUGGUUCAGACCAGCAGCGACACUCUCAGCUUGGAUGUUCUGUAUCCGGCCACCAUUGUCAGCAUCUCUGACUCCCAGACCGUGAAUACAGACGAUAGGGUGAAGUUUCAGUGCGUUGCCGAGGGCAACCCACCCCCAAACAUCACGUGGACAGUGAAUGGCAUGCGCGUGCGCUCUACGACAAGUAAGAUGACACGUGACGUGCGCACGGGCACAGUUGUUCUGGACAGAGUGCGGCCAAACGCAACAGGAACGUACGUGUGCACGGUCAGCAAUAAAGUUGGAGAGAGCGAUGUAAAGUCACUUCAACUUAGCGUCAAAGCGUCUCUGCGAGGCCAUGACGGCAGUACUGUAGUGAUCUGGGUGGGCGCCAUUGCCGGAGGUCUGUGGUUCGUGAUCUGUCUGGGACUGGUGGUGUACUUCAUACAGCGGAGGAGAAACAAGGAAGACAAGAAACGGUUCUCCUUCUACUACAACAUGGGGCGGAGGGAGCAGGGUCGGCUGGAGGAGAGGUUUGGGGAGGAGACGUUAGAAGUCACCAGACAUCCUCAUCUCAAAUUACCCUCCAAACCGAUCUCACAGGCACCCUCAGGAGGCAUCGACACCAUCAGGCGAACCACAAACAAAGGCAGGAUCAGAAGAUACGCCAGAGUUCUGUAUCCAUACCACCCACAAGAGGGAAACGAACUAUAUUUGGAGGCAGAUGACGUCAUCGAGGUGCUGGAGGGGGAAGAUGGCGGCUGGUGCCUGGGUUACCUGAGCGGCAGGAUAGGCCUGUUCCCCUCCAACUACGUCAAGUUCCUGUCCGCGUCAGAAGUAUCAGCGGCAAAACUUAGGGAACUUUACGACGGCGCAAGCGCAGACGGAUGUAAAGGGUCUCCCAAGAGAAGCGUCUGACCUUGACUUGUAAAGAAAGUGACCUUGACUCAAACCACACCGACCGAGAAGGUCACUGCAUAUCCACGGGAUUUUUUUGGGUGCUGAGAACAAUCUGAGAGCUGGAUCUUUCGGGACACAUCUACUAACACCAGGGAGCGACGUGUGAGACAUCAUCACGUGACUGGGUGCUGCUGCAACGUCAUUGAUGACGUCACAGCCAUGACACAAACACAACUUGAUGGCGACGUUUGCGGCACCGUGUACUGUCAGCCCAAUGGGGAACUCUCUUUCAAUAUCAGUUCGUUCUCCUUUUAGGUGAGGGGGGGGGGUAUUAUGCGGUCUAAAAUCUAUGUAAUCUAUUUCAGACAAAGAAAAUGACGUAAUGUUGACAUCUUGAAACAUUCCGGGUCUCAUUAGCCUCUUGAUGAGAAGUUGCCCCUUGCCGUGCCUGGUCGAAAAAGAGAGGAACGUUUGCUACAAACAACAAGUCAGAUCACCAAAUCAGACAUAUACAUAUUUAACCGGCUUGAACAUAGCAGUUCUCCGUUUCCCUGCCAUUAACUA